AUGUUCCAUGCAAGAAAUCUCGGAACCUACGCCCGAAAAAAAAAGGUUUCGGUAACCCACACUCAACUCAAAAACUCGCCGUGUCCAAAUUUCUUUCUUCUUCAUCGGCGAUUUAUGUUCGUUUCACUUCAGCCAUGGCUUCUCACGCUGUUAAUCUCUGGGUUUUACUCGGCCUCGGACUCGCCGGAAUUAUCCUUGUCACUAAAAAGCUCAAAAAGAACAUUAAAGAAGACUUCGGAGCCUUCGUUGAGAAGCUUCAGCUUCUCCCUCCGCCUCCGCCUGCUCCGCCCAAGGCUCCUCAUCCUCUCACUUCUCUCACCUUCGCUGUCUCCGACUUAUUUGAUAUUGAGGGUUAUGUGACUGGUUUCGGCCAUCCGGAGUGGGCGAGUACAAGUGGUUCAGCUUCUAGAACGGCUACGGCGGUUUCGACUCUCGUGGAAGGAGGGGCCACAUGCGUUGGUAAAACAGUGGUGGAUGAUCUGGCUUAUAGUAUAAAUGGAGUGAAUAAGCAUUAUGGAACACCAACUAAUCCUGCAGCACACGCUCGAGUACCUGGUGGAUCAUGUAGUGGGGCUGCUGUGGCUGUGGCAGCUAAACUUGUUGACUUCUCUUUGGGUAUUGAUACCAUUGGUGGAGUGAGAAUUCCAGCCUCAUUUUGUGGAAUUCUAGGGUUCCGAUCCUCUCAUGGGGCUGUUUCUCACAUGGGAACUAUGCCUGUUUCAACAAGCCUUGACACCAUUGGAUGGUUUGCUGGGGAUCCUAAUGUUCUUCGCCGUGUUGGCCAUGUGCUACUGCAGCUUCCAUCUGGAAUUCAACAUAGUCCGAGGCAAAUUAUUAUAGCUGAUGAUUGUUUUGAACUACCAAAAAUCCCUGUGGACAGGAUUGUUCAAGUGGUAACCAAGUCAACUGAGAAGCUUUUUGGAAGACAAGUGUUGAAACAUGAAAAUCUUGGGCAGUAUCUUUCUUCUAGCGUUCCAAGCUUGAAAUUGUUUCAUAAAACAAAUGGUGAAGUUAAAACUUCUUCGAUCAGGGUGCUUGGGAACAUUAUGCGAUUUAUUCAAAGAAACGAGUUCAAAUAUAAUCAUGAGGAAUGGAUAACCUCUGUAAAGCCUACGCUGGAUCCCACUAUCUCAGCACAAAUAUAUGACACACUGGAAACAUCAACCACAGAGAUAGAAAACUGCAAAUCUGUUAGGAAUGAAAUGCGUUUUGCUAUGAAUUCUCUUUUGAAGGAUGAUAGAAUACUUGUGAUCCCUACCACUGCUUAUCCUCCGCCGAAAGUUGGUGGGAAGGAGUUACUAUCAGAGGAUUAUCAGAACUCUGCGUUCAGUCUACUGAGUAUUGCAACUAUAUCAGGUUGCUGUCAGGUUACUGUACCACUUGGAUAUCAUGACAACUGUCCAGUUUCAGUUUCCUUUGUGGCCAAGCAUGGGGAUGAUCGUUUUUUGCUGGAUACUCUGCAGAAUAUGUAUAAGUCUCUACAAGAGCAGGUUGAUGUUGUGGUGACAUCCAAAUCUUUGAAUAAUGCUAUCAACAAGGAACAGUCUGCAGAGAUUGCUAAAGAAAAGGGCAACCAAGCUUAUAAAGAAAAACAAUGGCAGAAGGCUAUUAGCUUUUAUACAGAAGCUAUCAAACUCAAUGGAAAUAAUGCAACAUAUUACAGUAACAGAUCUGCAGCGUAUCUUGAGCUGGGGAGCUUCCUUCAAGCUGAAGCAGAUUGUACGAAGGCUAUAAACCUUGACAAAAAGUGUGUGAAAGCUUAUUUGCGAAGAGGCACAGCGAGAGAGAUGCUUGGCUACUAUACGGAGGCAGUUGAAGAUUUUCAAUAUGCACUGGUGUUGGAGCCAACCAAUAAAAGAGCGGCCAUGUCUGCCGAUAGAUUAAGGAAGGUAUUCAUGUAGUCACUGGAAGAAUAAUAGAAUAUUUUGGGAGUGCCGGCAAUCACAGAACCGAUUCUCAUUCUGCAAAGAUGAUCAUUCUUUGUCUUUGAAGGACUGGUAAGACAUUAAACUGCCAUACAACUGAGUAAGAUUUACAGAGGAGUAUUCUUUGCAUCAGGCUCCAUUAUCGGAAGGAGAGUCUAUAGCGAGAGAUUAAUGUUAUAACAAUUUGUAUGUAGUCCAAUUUUGUUUGAGGCUAUUUCUUGCUCUGUUUAAUAAUAUGGUACAUUCUGUUUGUAAUUUUAUCUCGGACAGGAACUUUUCCGCAUGUUAUCUUAAGAGUAGUAUUGUUUA